ACUAUUUUCAAAAACCGUUGGAGCCCGAAUCCUGGUUUAAAAUUCCCAUGACUACCACCGUCACUUCUCCUUCUAUAUGAAUCUCAGUCCACAUUCCUCAGAGACUGAGCUGCAGGGCCUUCUUCUAAUGGGGUGCUUCCUUGCCUGCUUUGGCAUUUCCAAGAAGCGAAGGAGACGACGACUUUCCAACCGAGUUGCUGCAGCUGGUGGAGACUAUAGACGUGGGAGUUAUGUAGCAUUGGACUCAUCAUCUCUCGCAAUAAUCGGACUUGAUGGUAGGAAAAGGAGUCUCAAUACUGCAGGUUGUAAACUGCUCAGAGACGAGCCGAAAGAGGCGACGAAGAUCAGGAAGAAAGUCAGCUUCAAUCUGAAUGUCCAGACCUACGAGCCUAUUUCGAAUGAUCAUGAGUUUUUGGAGAGUGAGGUGGAGGAAGAAGUUGACAACAAUGAGCAGGAAGUGUCGAAAAGAAGUUCAUCUACGUCAGCAUCUAAGAGGGCUUCAACUGCAUUGACAUCAUCAAUAGGGUUAUUUCCUUCAAACCACAGGUACCAAAAUGUGCGAGACAGCUACGACAGCUAUGAAGAAGAGGACUAUGUAGCAGAUGAAGACAGUGAUUACGAGGAUUACUAUGGGGAUGAUGAUUACUGUGAUGGUGACAGUGAUAUAGAUGAUCCAAGAAUGAGCCAAGAAGGGUUUCCUAAGCAAAGCAUAUCUUCAUCUAUAAACGGAGAACUGGGAUCAUGCAGGUGGAAUAUGAAUGUUGAGGAAAAUAUCCCAUAUGCACAUUCUGUGUUGAGUCCAAUUGAGAAUUUGAGUCAGUGGAAAGCAGCCAAAGCAAAGGUAGUAGUACCAAAGCAGCAAAAGGAGAAUAUGCCAUCAUUUCAAGAACCAAUAUUUGCAUACAGCAGAUCAAGUUGCAACCAGUCCAAACCUCUAUUGCGAGAAAUCCCAGUCCACGCCAGCCUUUCGAGUUGGAUAAGGGAAAAAUAAGGCAAUUUAUGGAGAGAAUGAUCAUCAGUCUUUAGCUCAGUUACAUUUUGUAUAUCGAAAUUGAUCAAGGAGGAUAUUCCUCAGAAGUUUAUUUGAAGCUGCUAUUUGGUUCUCUAGCACAUCAGGAAGUUCAUUUGGGGCUGCCUUUUGGUCCUAUAGCUUGCACAUUUUGCAUAGUGUGAUGUUUGGAAGAUUGUUGUCUAGGAAUUUUGCAUCUGAUUCUUUCAAUUAUGUUGUAUAUGAAGAUUUUGUUGGGUAGAUUUUCUCAACCGUUUGUGUAAGAUUUCAACAGUAAAAGGUUACAUAAGUCCUUCCAAA